UAUAUCAAAAAAAAUAUAUAUAUAAAUAGGUUAUGGGUUAAGACAAAUGUAAAAUAUUUAUGUUUAAUUUACAGGUUGUGAAUCUAAAUGUCUCAACUUGUCAUUUACUUAUAAGCUGGAAUUAAUAGUUAUUUAUAUUUUUCUAACCUAAUAUGAACGUGAAUAAUAUCCUAAGGAAUUUUAUCAGUUCUCGAACAGUAAAUAUUAUUCGACAAAGAUGGAAAAGUUCAGACAACAAAUUGACUACUUACGAUCCCUUUCUAGCAAAACCGCAAAAGACCAAAGAAACUUAUCUAGAAGUGAUUAAAAUGUUCGAAGAACGAGAUACAAGAAGACGGGGUCAUGUCGAAUUUAUUUAUGCAGCUUUAAGUCGAAUGAAAGAAUUUGGAGUACAAAAGGACUUAGAAGUUUAUAAAGCUCUGGUGGAUGUUUUACCUAAAGGGAAAAUGGUACCUACUAACAUUUUCCAAGCAGAGUUUAUGCAUUAUCCCAAACAACAACAAUGUGCUGUGGAUUUAUUGGAGCAAAUGGAGGAUAAUAAAGUGAUGCCGGAUUCGGAAAUGGAGCAAAUGUUAUUAAACAUUUUUGGAAGGCGAGGGAUACCACUCAGAAAAUACUGGAGAAUGAUGUACUGGAUGCCUAAAUUCAAAAAUCUCAGUCCUUGGUACUUGCCGGAUAAGUUGCCCGUUGAUACAAUGGAAUUAGCAGUACUUGCAUUACAAAGAAUAACAUCAGUCGACCCAGAUACAAAAAUUGAUAUUUGGCAGACAGAAGAAAUUGAAGCUUCUUUAGACAAGACAUGGAUUGUGAAUGGUCAAAGUCGAGUGCAGCAAGUGCUGUUAGCUGAACAACCGACCGAUGAACCACUCAUUAUAAAAGGACCUUUUAAUGUGUACUUACAAGAUCAAGUGGUUACAUACUUUGUACUUCUUGGAAAAAUAAGGCCAGAGUAUAAUGAUGAUACUGAUUUAGAUGACGUUUCAAAUAUCGAGAGACCAAGAAUACCAGGAGUUAUUGGUAGAGUAACAUUACCUCAAGUCAAAAGCACAAUACAUGAACAAGACGAUGGAACUAUAGUUGCUGUUUGUGCCACAGGAACAUCAUCACGAGAUUCCUUGUUGUCAUGGAUUAGGUUACUUGAAAAACAUAACAAUCCGCUCUUAGCAAAUAUACCUGUGAUAUUUACUCUAAUAGCACCACCUUCAGAUGUCUCAUUAUUUGACGCUGCACAAAAUGAAGAUGUUAAUGAAAAUACUAGUUCACCUAAUUAAAUGGCAACUUUGUUUAGUUUAGACAAUCUGUAUUAUAUUUAAUAAUAUAAAAUGAUUAUGUUGUUAA